AUGGAUGCCGACUUCAGCCACCACCCGAAAUUCAUCGCGCCGAUGAUUACGCUGCAGAAGACGAACAACUACGACAUUGUGACCGGCACGCGGUAUGCCGGCGAUGGCGGCGUCUUUGGCUGGGACCUUAAGCGCAAGUUUGUCAGUCGCGGCGCAAAUCUGUUUGCGGAUACCGUGUUGCGGCCCGGGGUGAGCGAUUUGACGGGCAGCUUUAGGUUGUACAAGAAGGAGGUAUUGCAGAAGGUGAUUCGCUCGACGGAGAGCAAGGGGUAUACAUUUCAGAUGGAGAUGAUGGUCAGGGCCAAGGCGAUGGGCUGUACGGUGGCAGAGGUCCCGAUUUCUUUUGUCGAUCGCUUGUAUGGUGAAAGUAAGUUGGGCGGUGAUGAGAUUGUGGAGUAUGCAAAGGGUGUGUUGAAUCUGUGGUUGAAGGUUUAG